AUGAAAUUCUCGAUUUUUCUCGGGUUUCUAUUGAUUUUUGUCACGUUUUUGCCAUUGGUUUUGGUAAUACUUGAGAUUUUUGAAAGUCAAAAUCCCGCUUCUAUAAUUGAUUUUUCACACUUGGAAUGUCAAAAAAUGUUCGACGGCGACCCAGUUUCUCUAGCUCGCGGAGCCCUGUUCAAAUUCGACGACCGAGAAAUUUUAGCUCAGAUUCUGAAAUUAUCAGGCCAAGAAAACGCCCAAUGUGCGGAAUUUCAGAAGAUUUUCGGGUUUUUUCAAGAACCGACGUCUCAAGAGGAGCUGGAAUUUCCGCUGGCUUAUGGGAUGCUGGUUCAUGGCGAUUUUGUGCAGCUUUCCCUCCUACUGUCUGCAAUUUACCAGCCACAGAACCAAUUUUGUCUAGCUGUGGAUGGGAAUUCUUCUGUGGAAUUUAUUGGUCUAGUGAGGAUGCUCAGCCGAUGUUACGGGAAUAUUCAAUAUUUUAUAACCGAUGAAAUUCGCUGGUGUGGAUAUGAAAUUCUCACUUCUGUAUUUCAAUGUGUAGAUUAUUUGGCAAAAUUGCCGAGUGACUGGAAAUAUUUUCAGUACCUGUCCGGAGUGGAUGCGCCUUUAAAGUCGAAUUUGGAAAUGAUACGAAUUUUGAAAGCUCUGAAUGGAAGUUUUAAUGCCGAAAUAUUGCCGUUCGAGUUUUAUCGCUUGAAUCGGAAAAGGCCUUGGAGCUCCCCACUUCCACUGUACAAAACGUCACUUUCAGCGACUUUUUCCAGAAAAUCUGCAAAUUUUAUGGUUAAUAGUGAGAAAGUUCUAGAACAAAUCGAUUUUCUACGUGGCACAACGUGCGCCGACGAGUCGCUAUGGGCAACUAUUGCUGGGAAUCCUAAGGAGCUCCCAAUGCCUGGAGGUUUUGAUGCUAAAGCUUGGAUCCACAAAAAUUACCGCCGGACACGUGGGAAACUGGGAAAAUACGGAGAAAAUCAAAAAAUCGAUAAUGGGUACUAUGUGUCGAGGUACCAACAGUAUGUGAAUAGGGCGCCGGUCAAGUGUAAAGGUUACUAUUAUCGACUAUCGUGUGUUUUUGGAGUGUAUGAUUUGCCGAAUUUGAUAAACCGCCACGAACUUGUUGCUCACAAACUCUACUUUUCCUACCAGCCAGCUGCAUUUAUGUGUCUUGUAGAAAAUUCUAGACAAAAAUCGAUGAGAACUCCGCAAUUUGAUUUUUCAGCGGAAAAAUAUAGAUAUGAAAAUUUGGAAAAUGUACCAUAA